AAAGUCAGAGUUUUCACAACAAAAAUUAAUAAUAAACAUUUUAGAAAAGUUUAAGAAUGGAAGUUGAUGUGAAAAAGUGGAAAAACUCUCUUGAGAAAGUGAUUAAAAGUGCAAAAUGCAGUGAUGAAGAAAUUGAUAAGAUUUUGAGGUUAUCGACCUGGACAGAGAAUGUUAUCAAGAGGGUUUUCACCUACCUGGCAGAGAAAAUCCUCGACCCAGAUUGCACAGAAAUCAUCGGGAAGGAGUUCCGACAUGUGUUGUUACUCAUUGUCUCAGAAAGCCUCAAAGAGCCCCCAAAAUCAACAGGGAAACAGGACAGUGUUGCUGCAGAGGCUCUCCACAAAGUCAAAUGCGUCGCUCUGUCUAAAUUGAUCGGAGAAAAUAGAGCGAUUUUGAGGUUUUCGUUUGAUUACUUCGGGAAAAAUCCCUCUCCCUUUGAGUUCCCAGCUCAGGAGAUUUCUACCAAGAAACGCAAAGCACACAUUCCUCAAAUUUCUGAUUUGGAGCUUGUCAAAAGCUGCCUGAGAUUCCUGAAGGCAGACAAAAUAUUCUUCCGGAAUGCCUGGAAGUGGUCAAAAUUCCUGGAGAUCUACCUGAACAGAGGAUGUCAUCAGCAACAAAUGACUUCCAAUGAGAUUCUUGGCAUCCUGACCAACAUGUCAAUCAGUCAGGUUAAUUUUCUCAACAGAAACAUCCCUCAGGAUGUUUUGACCUCCAGAGAUAUAACCACAGAUGAUUUCCAGGUAUGUGCAAUUAUUUCAGAGGAAGAAACCACUUCCGAUGAGAAAGUAUCCUGGGCAUUUGAGUGUGAAAGUGUUGUAAACAUUGAGGGGGUUUAUUUGGCUGUGUUUGAUUCUGAAAAUCGUAAAUUCCAUGAGAAGAAUUCCAAGGAAUCUGACAAAUUGAUUCCUGUGGGAUCAACUAGGAGCAAUUUGAGAAAUUUGUGCCUAGGGAUUGGUUCCGGAAAGGCCAUUUGCCUUCAUGGGGCAGUUGGGGCUGGAAAGACAACGCUUGUGGAUGAGUUGGCUAGGAAAACUGGUCACAUCCCGGGGCAGUUGAGUGGAAGUGAGGGGCAGAAUGGUUUCUUGAGGAUUCAAUUGGGGCAUCAGACUGACAGUAAGGCCCUUUUGGGGCAACACAGAUGCACAGACAUUCCAGGGGAAUUUAUCUGGCAGCCUGGAGUCCUAACUCAGGCAGUGAUCAGUGGGUAUUGGUUGUUGCUUGAGGAUCUCGAUCUUGCAACACCCGAUGUUUGCACUGUGCUGACCAAUCUCCUGGAAAGCAAUUCUCUCAGUGUUCCGGGUUUCCGGGAGAAUGUCAGAAUUGCUCCGGGGUUUCAGUUGUUUAUCACACUGAGAUCACAGAAGGCAGGAAGUGGAGCUAAUGCUCUGUUCUCAUUGCUAGAAAAGCAUCUCUUUACUGUGAAUAUUUUGUCCUUGUCCAGAGAUGAGUUGUGCACAAUUGUCCAGGAAAAGUUCCCUAAAUUAACUACAAUUGCAAACAGGAUAGUUGACGUCUUUUUGACAUUUUCAAGUGGUUGCCAUGGGGAUGAAGAUGAGAGUGUUAAGAAGGUUCCGAGUGGAGUAAAUUCUGGGAGACAGGUUUCCACGAGGGAUCUUCUUAAGCUAUGCAAGAGAUCCGUUCCGAAUUUCAAUGUGACUAGCACUGAGUGUGCUUAUCUAGUUUUUCAAAAUGCCGUGGAUCUUCUCUGUUCUCAUCUGCCUGAUGGGGCAGAUAAGACAGAGUUGAUCAAGAGGAUAGGAGCAAAGUUGGGAAUAAUUGAGUCAAGAUGUCAAUCUCUGGCUGAAGAGUAUAAGCCAGAGAUUGAGGUGGAUUCCUCAGCCAUUCGUGUGGGAAGGGUUGAGUUGAGUCGCUGGAGGCAUCAAGACUCUUCCCAGGAUGGGAAGAAGAGGAAGCAAAAGACAGAGGAGGAAGUCUCGAAGAAGUUCAAGACUGAUUCCCAAGUUAAGUCAGUCCAGAGAGUUCUAGAGAAAGCUAUUCCAACUUUCUCCUUCACGAGACUUGCAUCGUGUCUGUUGGAGAGAAUAUCCGUGGCAGUGGCUCAAAAUGAACCUAUCCUGCUCGUGGGUGAGACAGGAGUUGGGAAGACAAGUGCUGUUCAGUAUCUAGCACAUCAGACUCAACACAAUCUCACUGUAGUCAAUAUGAACAAUCAAUCAGAUAUUUCUGAUCUUGUGGGUGGAUUCAAGCCUGUUGACCUUCAAUUUGUGGUCAGUCCGCUUUUCAUGGACUUCCAGUACCUCAUCCGAACAACUUUCGAUGCAGGAAAGAAUGAAAAAUUUCUCACAAAUAUGAUGGCGACUUUUUCCGAAAGGCAAUACAAGAAAGUCGUUAAAGCCAUGCUGAAGAUUGUUGAGCACACCCUGACUAAAUAUGAAGCGAAAACUGGGGUCAAAAUGGGAGAGAAAUUGCGAGGAGAUUGGGAGACGCUGGAAGGGAAGCUAAGGAAACUAGCUGGUCAGCUAGGGAAUUCUAUAAAUAUGUCUUUUGCUUUUAUCUCCGGAGCUCUGGUGAAUUGCUUGAAGAAUGGCGAUUGGAUCCUUCUGGAUGAGAUCAAUUUGGCUUCAACGGAGACUCUGGAGUGUAUGGCCACGAUUCUUGAACCAGAAGGAUCAAUUGUCCUCCUGGAGAAGGGUGACUACGUUCCAGUUGAACGUCAUCCAAAUUUCCGACUCUUUGCCUGUAUGAAUCCCAACACAGAUAUCGGGAAGAAAGAUCUUCCGGUUGGGAUCAGGAAUCGCUUCACGGAGUUCUUUGUGGACGAACUGAAGGAUUUGAGUGAUCUCAGAUGUCUGGUGGGGGAUUAUCUGAAGAAUACUGGUAUUCAGACAUCGAAAGUAAUGAAUGUCGUAGAGUUGUACAGAAAGCUAAGAAAGAUGGCCAGAUUGGAGUUGAACGAUGGGCUAGGGAAUCGUCCGGUUUAUUCUCUAAGGACCCUCUGUCGAGCUCUUACCAUCUGUGCUAAGAAUCUCUGUGGGUCUGUUGAGAGGAAUCUCUAUGAGAGUUUCUGUAUGAGUUUCCUAACUCAGUUAGAUUCAGCUUCCCACAAAGUUGUCAUGCAACUGAUCCAGAAAAUGCUUCUGGGUUCUCCUGAACGACUCAAGGCUGUAUUGUCCUAUCAAAUUCCACAACCUACUGGUCAGAAGAGCGAAUUCUUCGAGGGAUACUGGAUAGAGUGCGGAGAAAAAGAAUCCCAAGAAUGGGAUACAUACAUCUUGACUGAAAGUGUUAGGCAAAAUCUAAAAGAUUUGGCUAGGAUUGUGUCUAUCGGGAGGCUUCCGGUGCUUCUCCAAGGACCAACUAGUGCAGGAAAAACUAGUUUGAUUGAAUAUGUAGCCAGGAGAAGUGGCAAUCACUGCCUCCGGAUCAACAAUCACGAGCACACGGACCUCCAGGAGUACAUAGGAACUUACACGGCAGACGUCAGUGGGAAGCUUGUCUUUCAAGAGGGUGUCCUAGUUCAGGCAAUGAGGCAUGGAUACUGGAUAAUCCUCGAUGAGCUCAAUCUUGCUUCCAGUGACAUUCUGGAAGCUCUUAAUCGCGUAUUGGAUGACAACAGAGAACUAUUUAUUCCUGAAACACAAACCUUGGUUAAGGCACAUCCCAAUUUCAUGCUGUUCGCCACGCAGAAUCCUCCUGGAAUCUACGGGGGCAGAAAAACUCUCUCCCGUGCCUUCAAGAAUCGUUUCAUUGAGCUCCACUUUGGAGAGAUCCCAAGGGAUGAACUGGCUGAAAUUCUGGAAAAGCGCUGUCAGAUUCCAAAGUCUCAUGCUGAGAAAAUGGUCAAGACCAUGUCGGAGCUCCAUACGAAUCGGAAGAAUGUAACCAGAAGCAAUUUCACCCUUAGAGAUUUGUUUAGAUGGGGUAAUCGUUACACUUUGGCGGACAAAAAGCUGCUCAAAGAUCCGAAAUACGAUUGGAACCAGCAUCUUGUGGAUGAGGGGUAUCUAGUGUUGUCAGCAAGAGUCCGGAAUGAGAGCGACUUAGAAGCUAUCCAGUCAACGCUUAUGACAAAUUUCCGGAAGAUGGCAAACCUUGAAGAUCUAUUCAAUUACCACGAAGGGACUUCGCCGGUGACAAAGGAUGUCCUGGAUACUCUAAUGAAGUGUCCAGGAUCAAAGAAGAUUCACUGGUCCAGUGACAUUUUGAAGAUGUACGUUCAAGUGGCCAAAGCACUAAGCUUCAAUGAACCUGUUCUACUUGUUGGACCCACAGGAUGUGGAAAGACAACGGUUUGUCAGUUGGUGGCGGAAACGUUGACCAAGAACCUAAGGAUCCUCAAUUGUCACAUGCACACAGAAGCUGCGGAUUUUUUGGGUGGAUUGAGGCCUUUUCGCGGACAGAAAACUGAGGAUUCGUCAAAGAAGAAGCAGCUUUUUGAAUGGGCUGAUGGUCCCCUCGUUCAGGCUAUGCAAGAAGGAACUCAUUUCCUUGCAGAUGAAAUUUCUCUAGCUGAUGACUCCAUUCUUGAGAGACUCAAUUCCAUCUUAGAACCAGAAAGAACAGUCUUGCUAGCUGAGAAAGGAGGCGUUGACGAAGGAUUGCUGGUUUCUGGAGCUAAUGAUGAGUUCAUCAUUCAAGCUCACGCAGACUUCCAGUUCCUGGCUACGAUGAAUCCAGGAGGAGAUUUUGGUAAGAAAGAACUGUCUCCGGCAUUAAGGAAUCGUUUCACAGAAAUCUGGUGUACGACUCCAACUUGUGCCGAACACUUGGAGAAGAUUGCUCUUCAUCACUUAGCUCAGGCAGAUCUUCCUGAAGCUGAAGCUCUGGCCAAGUGUAUUGUGGAAGUUCUUUUUUACAUGAAGUCCACUGUUGAUCGGAUGACCUUUUCAGUAAGAGACAUCGUCACAUGGACAGAAUACGUAAAAGCUAAUCUGAAUAGAGGACUCUCCUUUUCUGAAAUUCUCUAUUUUGGACUGGAGACCCUCUUCCUGGACUUCCUAGAGAUGAUGCCGCAUCGGGAAGCUGAAGAAAGUGAAGUGGUACGGAGAAAAAUCAUCAACUUCCUGGUACAAAAGCUAAGAGAACUGUUCAACAAUAAUAUUUCUCUUGAAGAUUUGAUCAGGAAUCGAGGAAACGAUGUUCGAAUUCUUGACGAAAAGUUCGGAAUUCAUCCUUUUUAUGUGGAGGUUUCUCAAUCGUUAGGGAAUUCCAAGGAUUUCAGUUUCUCUGCUCCAACAACCAAAAGGAAUCUGUUCCAACUUUUGUCGGGAUUGACGCUUAACAAAGCAAUUCUCCUAGAAGGGCCUCCAGGAGUAGGCAAGACAUCCCUUGUGGUUAAUCUAGCCAAGGUAACGGGACAUAAAAUUGUCAGGAUCAAUCUUUGUGAACACACGGAUUUGGCUGAUCUCUUUGGAACUGAUCUUCCGGCUGAUGAUCAUUCUUUAGAAUUAUUCGGAGAUAGAGAUCAGAAGACAGAGGACACUAAUAGAGGAGCCUUUGUGUGGAGAGAUGGACCUCUACUGGCUGCUCUAAAAGCUAUUGAUACUUGGAUCCUGCUGGAUGAGCUCAAUCUUGCUCCUCAGAGCGUUCUUGAAGGAUUGAAUGCCAUCCUUGAUCAUCGUGGAGAAGUUUUCAUACCGGAACUCAACAAGACCUUCAAACUAGGUGCUCAAACUCGCAUCUUCGCUUCUCAGAAUCCCCUGAAGCAGGGAGGAGGACGCAAGGGUUUGCCCCAAUCUUUUCUAAAUAGAUUCACAAAGGUGUACUUGAGGAAGCUGUGUCAGGAAGAUCUUCUGCAUGUGAUUGAAGCACAGUACAGUAAUUUCUUCAGAAAGCUUGAAGAUUCAAAAGAGAUCAGUGAUCUUCCUCAGAAGAUAGUAAAGUUUAACGAGAUCCUGAACAGAGGGGUGGAUAAUCUCGAGUUUGGACUUCGAGGAGGACCAUUCGAGAUCAAUCUGAGAGAUAUUCUGAGGUGGUGUGAUUUUGUAAGCAAUGAAGAUACGGGAUACUUCGAAAAAGAUUUGAUGCUAGUGAUCUACGAAAAGAUGAAGAUAGUUUAUUUCGUGAGAAUGAGAAGUGAAUCUGACAGAAUGUUCAUCAGAAAGGCUUUUUCGGAAGUUUUCAAAGUGAAUGCGGAUAAGUUGGAGGAGAUUUCAAGCAAUGUGAGCUUUUACUGGACGGAAGAUCAUAUCUUCAUUAACGACAUUAAAGUAAAAAGAGGUGAUUUGAAGGAGAAUGUAGAGAAGUCUCCAUUGAUCAUCAAGUCUCAGCUUGAGACGUUGAAAAAUAUGAUAGAAUGUGUCAAACUAUCAAGGCCCGUACUUCUCUGUGGCCCAGCUGAUUGUGGCAAGACAAAGUGUGUUGAUCUUGCUUGUUCGAUGCUAAAUCAAAGCCUGGAUGUCGAUACAAUUGAUGAUUCAGUAACUGGAAGUUUCCAGCAAAUUGAUCUCAAUCGCCAUCUUGAAGAAGUUGCCAAGGUCGUUGAGCUAUUGGUUUCUUUAACUGCAAAGAAGAUUAUACUAAGUGACUGUGUUUUUACUGAUCUUCACCGACUUCUUCAUUUGCUAGAUCAAUGGGAAGACUACAAUCUGCUGCUGAAAAACGUCAAAGGGUCUUCAUUGAAGAUGACAGUUUCUGAUGAGGUACAGCUGUUUAGAGAUCGGAUAAGUCAACUGAAGAAGACAUUUGCAAUCUUGAAAGAUAUUUACAAAUCCCACGAAUUUCUUGAAGAUAUUGAUUUUGAUCGUAUUGAGAAUGUGAUAGGUAACCUGAAGAAGAUUGCAGAUUCUUCUAAUAGUUUGAAUACAGGAGGGCACUUUGAGUGGGUAGAUUCAAAGAUUGUUAAGUGCUUGAAGAGUGGAAGAUUCAUUUGCUUAGAACAUGUCAAUAUGUGUUCUUCAGCGAUCCUCGAUCGACUGAAUUCGGUCUUUGAAUCCAAUGGAACACUCUUGCUCUCAGAGAAGGGCAUCUCAAGUGACAAUCGCGUUGAAGAAAUUGCAAAACACAAAGACUUCCGAGCUUUUUUGACUCUCGAUCCCAAAAACGGAGAAAUUUCUCGAGCAAUGAGAAAUCGUUGUCUUGAAAUUUUCAUGGAUCGCGAUGGAUAUACAAAAGAUGAUCUCAGGCACAUUAUCUUCAAUUUUGGUGUGCAGAACUUGUCAAUGAUUGACGGUAUGAUCAGGAUCCAUGAGAGAUUGAAGGGUAUUUCUGAAUUCACUCAGUUUGGUGUCAAUCAUCUCUUUAAAUUCGCCCUUCUUGUUGUCGAGAAUCAAACUCUCUGCCUUCCUAGCAAGAAUAUCCUCAAAUCCUGCGCAACUGAAGUUUAUGUGAGAUCCACAAAUACUGAUAUACUCGGUUUUGGACUGAAGUUCUACAGGAACCGUUUGGAAGAAGAAAUUACAGAAGAACUGAAAACAAUUUCUCUCCAAGAGAAUCGGGUAGGAUUGGUAAAUGUAAUUUUGAAGGGUGACAAUCUCACUCAAAUGGCCAGAAUUAAGCAACAAUGUGAACCAUUCCUGAGUUUCCUCAAUAACCCUUCUGAAGGAGUGAAAAUACUAGAACAGAUCUCUGUUGAAUUAUCAGAUCUUCAAUUGAAGAAUGAGGAAGAAUUCUGGAGAUAUCUUCUAUUCUGCGUGUACAGUAUGAGUUCCUUUGAAGAUAUUCAAAAAAGGAAGAUUUACAUCCAAGAGAAUUUGCUGAAGAUUGAAGAUCUUCCUAAAGUCAUGAAGAUCAAUGAUAAACUUCCUCAAAAACUCGUUGAAUUUCUACUGCAGAAACAAGGAAUUUUCAAUGAAAAUCUUCCUUGGAAUGAUAAGAUCUUUCCAAGAAUUCGUGACUACAGAAAUCAGACAUUAUCUUCUGAAGAUCAAAAUCGCCUUCUUCUUCUCUCAAUGUGGCAUUUGUUUGUUGAAGAGAUUGAAGUAAAGAGUUCAUUGAAGCUCAGCGAAAUUGAUGCAAUUACUUACUCAAAAGCAAUUGGAGCAAAAAUUCUAGUUGAUUCUUUUGAUAAGGAUCUUCUUCGGCAUCUUCAUCCGUUUUUGCAGAACUUGGAGCAGUUCUUUGAAACGAAGAUUCUCCAGACGCAGAAAACUGGCUCCUAUGAGUUUUUCGCAGUCGUCGUCUUGGCAAUUUUGUGGAGAAACAGAAUUCUGUCUAUUUCAAAAGAGAAGAUAUGCAUCAACAGACGUCUUAAUGAAGUGGUUCUGAAUAAGAUUAUCCUCCAUAUCAAAUGGUUGAUCAAGAAGUUUGUGAAUCCUCUGGAAGAUGGACAAGAACAGGCAGAAGCCUUGAAGAACUUCUACGGAAGUUUGAGGAAGAUCUCAACGUGCAUCUUGGCUGAUAAGCAUCCUCUGAACUUGAUUAGGAAAUUUUUCAAGAAAAAGAUUACUAAAUUUCUACCACUGUAUGAUCAAGCACAAAUUGAUCUUGCUGAACUUGAAAAAUACGCUGAAGAUCAUCUCUCAAUAGCUGAGAAGCUUAAGAAGAUCAACCAUACAGAGGCAGUAAAGCGUUUGAAGAUUUCUACGACUCAGGAGUAUUUGAAACUUCAAGAAGAGCUUCUGCAGAUUGAAGAUGCUAAUGAAGAUAUGGGGAAAAUUAUUGAGUUGAAGAAGAAGUUUGAAGAUGUGAUCAAUCGUGAUCGUGAAGGUGAGCUUCUGAUGAUUGAAAAUGUCGAAUUGAUUCCGAUCCUUGAGUAUUUCGCUGUAAAAGUGCUUUUGGAUGAUGAAGAUGAUCGGAUAAUCAACAAAUCUUUCUUCCUAACAUCGAAAUACUCUUCGCCGAACGAAAUGAAGAUAAUUUUGAUAAAGAAUGAUCAAUUUCGGCAAGAUUUGAAAGAUUUCAAGAAAUUGACGUCGGGAGGCAGGUUAACAGAGAUCAGUGAGUCCUAUCAAACUUUCGCAACGAAUCUGAGAUCCCUGGACAAGAUGAAAAAAAUGAAGAUAAUGGAUCUGUUGCAUACAAAAUUCGAGAACAUUGGGAAUGCCGAAAAAUAUGACGCAAAACAUGAGAAUCUUCAGAGAAAUGGCCCGAUUCUAACGCAGGCUUUGUCCUCUGCUCUGUUGAAUCCUGAUGGAACCCUAAAAGAAGCAGGAUUCAAUACGUUGGAAGCCUUUAAGGGGAAUUUGAAGAAAAUCUGCCAAAUCCUAUGGAGUAACAUGGAGAACAUGUCUCGCUACAAUUUAGAGAUGAUUGACUACAGAUCCGCUGUCGAUAAGAGUAAGUGUCUACUUGAAGAAAUCAAGUUUACUCGAGAUCAAUGUCAGAACUUCGAGAAUGAGAACUUUGCAGAUUUCAACGAGGAUUUCUAUGUAAUUGUUGAGAAUCCGAAGAUCAUUGAUGAUUUUCCAACGAGUGCAGAUCGUCGUUGGAUGAACUUCAACGCAAGUGUUCUGUAUUCAAUUAUUGGGGCUAUUGAACUGAAUUUGUUCUGUCACAUUCCACUUCUUGAUCCUGUUGAGAAGCAUCGACUGAAGAGGAGCUACCUGGAGCAGGAUAUGAAUCAUUUGGAAGAUCUGACAACGGCACAUAAAUCAAUAGGAAUCAUCAGCAAGUAUCCACUUUUGGGCGAUGGUAUUGUUCAAGUUCUGUUGAAGAAGUUAGGUUCGUUGAAGGUUUUGCAGGGCAAACUUGCCCAGAAGUUAGCUUUGAGACCAGAAAACUGCGUUUACAGUGAAUUGAGCCGUAACAUCCGUCACUUUGUUCAAAUGUGUUGUCAUCCAGAUGAUUUGCGUAAUCUUAUAGCAAAUGCAAAGGGGCUGUUUUUGGAGGAACCUAGAAACAAUGAACUGAUCAAUAAGGAGAAUGAAAAACGUUGCGGGGAUAUUAUUAAAACAUUGGAAUCAUGGAUGAGGAAUUCUGAUAAUUUUCAGUAUCACAUUCUACCUCAAUAUUCGACACACUACAAAGAUUUUGUCGAGCCAAUUGAUUAUGCUGUAACUGUGUUGAAGUACGGACUAUUCGGAAUAGUGGACCAUUUGAAAGAAGCUUCCAGUUCACUUACAAUGCUUCCUCCGAAGAUUAUUGGUGGUUUUCGAGAAAAUUUGUCAAUAGAUAAGUGCACAAAGAUUCUUGAAGAUUUGGUACAGUUUCCCCGUAUUGAUUUCGGAUCCAGGAGUUGCGAAUUGUCCACAAAGUCCCUGGUUUAUUGUCUUCCGAAUGCUGAUGAGUUGUUAUUGAUGAGCAGGAAGAUUAACCUCCUUGAAAGCAUCAAUGGUAUUGCCCUUCUUAAAGAUAUACAAAACUUACAGUAUCUUGAAUUCGUAUCAAUAUUCCGUACAUUUAACCGUGUCUGGCAGAAGCAGGAAGAUGAGAAGAUGAGGAAGAAGAUAGAAGAAGAAAGUCUGUACGUAACAAAGACUAAAUGUGCAACUGAAGAUGAAGAAGAAGUUUUUCAGCAGGAAGUCGAAAGGAGUUUUCCAACAUCCGUGGCUGAAGAUUUUGGUGAUUUUCUGCAGAAAGACACCCUAGAGAAGAUUCAUACAAAGAAGAACCCUUCAGGAACUCAUAGGGAUAUCUUCACAACUGAAGAUAUUAAACUUGUUGCAGAAACUUUCUUGAAGAUAACGGCCUUGAUUAAUGUUCGUGAUUUCCACACAGAUCUCAAAUUAGACUACAUCAACAUUUACAAGCUGCAGAUGCAAAUUUUCCAGAACAUCGUUAAGCACUACAGAAAUUGCGUAAACAGUCGAUUGGAUGACGCGUCAUACUUGGGAAUGAGUUUUCUCGUGGAGAUCUCUCGUAAAAACUAUGAUCUCUCAAGAGUUGAAGAUAAAUCGAAGGAUUACAACUUCUACGAUGAUUCCAACGUUCAGGAGAUAUUGCCAUGUCUUCAAUUGCUCAAUGAUAUCGAGGAGAGAGCAAAGGCCGAGUUGAAAUUGUGGCCAGAUCAUGCAGCUCUAAAUGACAUCGUAGUCUUAGUGGAUCGAAUCAAGACUUUCCCCGUAACAUCCUCGAUUGUUCGCUUCAGUGCUGGAUUUCAGCUUUUGGGCAAAAGGAUUGAUGAAUGGAACAAUGUAGCUCAUCGUAAUAACAACAUGCUAGAUCUGAAGAUCAAAGUGACGGAGUUCAUUCAGAAGUGGACCAAGCUGGAGUUGCAGUAUUGGAGAGAGAGCCUUAACCAUUCAUUUGAGAAGAUCAAGGGUUCAGGAUACAAAUACUUCUUCUUCCUCCACAAUCUCAUCGAAGAGUAUCUCAAUGAAGGGAAAGUUACGCAAAAUGUUGAAGCGUUCGAAGAAGGAUCAGAAGUGAAGAUUGAAGAAAGCGACGUACUGAAGAUCCUCAAUCAAUUUGUAGAAUCUUCAAACUAUGCCGAAUUCUCGUUGAGACUGAGUCUUCUGAAGGCCUUUGAAAUGUACCUGUACAUGAAGGAGACAAAUAGUAGACUUGAACCACUACGUAAUAUAAUAUUCAACGUUCAUCUCUACUACAGUCAGUUCUUGCCAGUUGUAAAUGAGACUAUAGCAACCAAGCGACGUCCAAUCGAAAAGGAGCUGAAGGAACGAGUGAAGAUUGCUUCUUAUACUCCUGAUCUCUCCUACAUUAGUAUGAAAAACAACAUCAAGGAGAUGCACAAGAAAGUUCAUAAGUGUUCGAAACAAUUUGAACUGGUUCUUAGGGAAAAGAUCACACCGAUUUUAGUCGCUGAAGAAGCUAAGGAUUAUUCGAAGACCUCUGAAAAGACUGAAGAUAUUCAUCUUCAUUACACCGUUGACGUCAACAAUUUCCUAGUAGCAGAAAAACUUAAAGAGAGAUGCCCCGAUUCAGCUAAAAUCUUUCUAGUUUCUCGAGAUCUUGUUAAAAGUACUGUCCUUCAUUCGCAAUAUCCCAACAAUAUUCUAUCACUUGAGCAUCUCAUUGAAGACCAGAUGGAGACUAGUGAAUACCUGAGAAAGCUUGAAGUGGAUCGAAGCGUCGAGAGACCCAAGCAAAAGUCCCAAGCUAAGAUGAUUCUCAAUCAAAAGCGAAAGGCUCUUGCGGACUUUUUCAAGACAAUGGCGUCCUUGGGACUCAACUAUAGAACUGGUUUGAUGGAAUUCUCUUUGAAUCCUGAUGUUGUUGAUCUGAAGAUUCCGUCUUUCUUAAUUGAAGAUCACACUGUAAAGAGGAAAUUAAACAGAAGUCUCCUCUAUUUCGCGGAGAAUGUUGAUGGAAAGUUCGCUAAGUGUUGCUAUCGACUCAAAAAGCUGAUCAAUGUUCUUCUGUGCCCGAAUUCAGAAGUUGGAUUACAGAAUACAGAUCGCAUCAAAGGUUUUGCCGUUGAUCUCUUUAUGUUGAUGCAGAAUCAAAGGCGAAGCGUGAGUUCAUCGGUGAAUAGUCUUCAAAAUAUACAGAAGAGUGUAGAAGACCUUGUGAUCCUCAGUUCUCUUUUGAAGAACGCCAAGUCUGAAAAUCUUGAGAAAACCUUGGACUUUAACUCAUCAUAUGCAACUGUCCAGGAUCGAUUGAAUCAAGUUCUGCGAAUCAGAGAUGUUUGUGAACAGUUUAAACUUUUGCUUAAAUGCGCCCCACAAGAUUUUGAUCAAAAUCUAAUGGUGACAAAUGCAACUUUGGAAUUGACUCAAAAUUCUCAACUGAUGAAGGAUCUAAUUCGAAUUAAUGAAUCUUUGAUCGCAGAUUCGAUCAAGUUGAUUGAGAAGAUCAACAAAAAGAAACAUGUGCAAUUCCUGUCUGUUGAUUUUGUUGAAUCCUGCAAUGAAGAUUACUCAAAUAUUUUGAAGAAAAUCAAAGAAAUGAAGGAACAUCUUCAUACGGAUGGAUCACAGUUUAUGAUCGAUAGACUUUUAAGUGAUCUUCUUUUGAUUUUGAAAAAUAGUGAAGGACAUUGGGAGGAUCGUGAACCUGAAAAUUCUGAAGAUAUCUGCCGGGAAAUUGACAAUGUAACAUUUGCAGUGAGGAUUGCCUUGCAGAAGCUCUACAAAAAAGUACCAUCUUCAGAAAAGGUAUCCGCCAAGAAUGAAGACGAUGAAGAAAAUGAAAACCCCUUCAUGGAAAAUCAUCUCAAAGGAGAAGUCUGUAUGAAGUUGGAAGCAGAUAUUUCUGAUUUAAAUUUGUCAACUGUAGUCCCCAAGUUGUUGAGGAUAAUUGAAGGAUUAAAGGUCUUAAACUGUUCAGCUGAGAUGAAGAAAGCAACUAUGGAGAAGAUUACUGAAAAGAUCCCAAUUCUUCAGCAAUUUGUACUCCUUGCAGAGUUUAUCAUUACUCAGUUAAUGAGUGUUCAUCGAGUUUCCUUGAAGAUGUUGUCUCUGAUGUUGGGUGUUUUUGCUGAGUUGGUGUCGAAAGGGUUCUGCAUUCCUCAGGAUCUGAUGCAGGACAUUGAAGAAGAGGAGAAGCAGAAAGAAGCAGGUGGAAGGAAAGGUGAAGGUUUUGGACUUGAAGAUGGAAGCGGAGAGAAGGAUGUUUCAGACAAAAUUGAAUCUGAAGAUCAGUUGGAGGAUGCCAAGAAACCAGAAGAAUAUGACAAAGAUGAUAAGGAUAAGCAAGAUUGCAAGGAAGAGAAGGGUAUUGAAAUGAGUGAAGAUUUCGAUGCUAAUCUUCAAGAUGUUGACAAAAAUGACAACGAAGAUGAAAGUCAAGAUGAAGAUGAUGAAGAUAUAGACAAACAAAUGGGAGAAACUGAAGAUGGAGCGGAAAAAUUGGAUGAUCAAAUCUGGGGAGAUGAAGAAGGUGAAGAUGAGAACGAAUCUGAAGAUGAAUUGAAUGAUGACGAAGGGAAGGGUUCAAAUGAGACGAAAGAAGCUCACGGUGAUUUGGGAGGUGAAAAGGACGAAGAGGCAGCAGGAGAGAAGGAUGGAUUGGAUGCUUCUAAUCAAGAAGAUCAGCAAGAGAAGAAACAACGUCAGAAGGAUAUUGACAAAAUGCAAGAACCCGAAGUAGAUGAAGAUCAAGUGAAUCCCUAUCACAAUGAAUUGGAAGAACCUCCAGAAGCAGAACCAAUGGAUCUUGGGGACGCUUGCAACGUAGAUGAUGAAGAUCGCAAUGAGAAUCAAGAUGAAAGGGAAAAUCCUUUUGAUAUCGAUACAAUGAAAGAUCAAAUGGUUGAAGAUGAAAUUGAAGAGACUGAAGAUGGAAAGAAUAACAAGGAAGAUACAGAGAAUAAAGAUGCAGAUUCGAGUGAUGAGGAAGAUGAAUCAAGUAAUCUGAUUCCUGAAAGUAAAGCAGAUGAAGAUGAAGAGAAACCAGAAGGAGAAGAAGAAAAAGGAACAGAAAAAGAAGAUGCAGCAGUUCCUGAUCAAAUCAACGAAGAAGAUGCAGAGGAAAAAGCCGAUGAAGAUGCUCAGAAUCCCGAAAGGCCUGAUAGUUAUGAAUCCAAGGAUGAUAAAUCAAAGGAAGAUAACGUUCAAGCGAUGCCGGAUAGUGAAAACAAGGGAUCCGCUGAUCAGGUUGCUAUUGAAGAACAGAAGAAUGAACAAGUAUCUAAAGAAGAUAUUGCUGAUCAGGAAACGGGAGAAGAUAAGGAAGGUGUUGGUCAGGCGAAGAAUGAAGAGUCAGAGUCUGGACAUAAAGGAGUUUCAGAAGGAUCAGAAACUAAGACGCAGGACAGAGAAUCUUCAGCUGAGAAGAAAGAAAAGAGAAAGCAAGGCAAUACCAAUGAAGAUCGAACUCUUGGGGAUUCAGCAAAGUCGAAAAAGCAAUUGAAGACAAUUGAAAAGUUGAAGGAAACUGAUGAUCAGGAGAAAGAGCAUGAAGAUGAGCAUGAAGCUGAAGAGUAUCAGCAUGUGAAGGAUGCGAAGAAAUCAGAUAGAACAACCUUGGAUAAUGCAACGGAAGAGCAAGCAAAAUGCAUCCAGCAUGAAGAUGAUGCGGAGCAUCAGGAGGAGGAAGCAGAUGAAGAUGUGGAUAAUCAGCUGAAGGAAGAUGAGGAGAAAGGAAAUGAAGAUCAAGAUGUUGAGAUGCUCGAUAGUGAGAAGAUUGAAGGUGAAUCUUCGAAGCCUUCGAAGAACAACGAGAAGAAGCAACAGGAGAAAUGUGAACAAGUUGAAAAGGGCGAUAUUGAAGGUGAAGAAAUCCCAACGAUGACUGCGAAGCGAUCGGAAGAUACAGCUGCUCACUGCCAGAUGGAAAUCGUUCAGGAUACAGCAUUGCCUGAUGAACCGGACGUCAGGGAAUCGUUGGAAAUGAGGAAGAUGUUCCAGAAGGAAGUUUCUUCAGUAAAAUCAGCUCGUCCUGAACAGGAAGACUUUGAGAGGUGGCAAGAAGUAUCACUGAAGAUGGCGCAAAAUGCCAGAGAUCUCUGUGAGCAGUUGAGGUUGAUUUUGGAGCCAACAAAGUGUACAAGGAUGAAGGGAGAUUAUAGAACUGGACGAAGGAUCAACAUGAAGAAGAUCAUUCCGUAUUUGGCUUCACAGUUCAGGAAGGACAAGAUCUGGCUCAGAAGGACAAAACCUGCACAGAGGGACUACAAGAUUACGAUUGCUAUUGAUGAUUCCAAGUCAAUGCAUCAUAAUAAUUCCAAGGAGCUCACGCUAGAGGCGAUUUCUUUGGUGUCUCAGGCUCUGACGCUCCUUGAGAGCGGAAAAUUGAGCAUUGUCUCGUUUGGAGAGAGUCCACAAAUCCUUCUGAAUCAUGCAGAUCAGUUUGAUGGACCAAAGCUUGUCAAGUAUCUCAAUUUUGAUCAGAAUCAGAGUAGAAUCGCUGAGUUGCUGAACUUUGUGCGCACAGCGAGUCAGGAAGAUGGUUCUGGUGGGUCAGGGAAUGGUAUCUUUGAAAAUCUCUUGCUGGUUCUGAGUGAUGGGAGGAAUAUCUUCAGUGAGGGAGAACAGAAAGUCAAGGAUGCGGUCAAAUUGGCCAGACUGCAGAGGAUUUUCACCGUUUACAUUAUAAUUGAUAAUCCGGAGAAUAAGCAUUCAAUCAUGGACAUCCGGGUGCCUUCCUUCUCGACUGACAGAAAGAGUAUCACAAUGAAAUACUACCUGGAUACCUUCCCAUUCCCUUACUACGUGAUUGUAAGGGAUCUGGGGCAGCUUCCGCUUGUUCUCAGCGAUGCCAUGAGGCAAUGGUUUGAACUGGUUAACAGCGAAUCUUAAAGAUUUGACUUCUUGUAAAUAUUUCUAAAUAAAUUAUUUUUGAAUUGCU